CACUUUACAAGCUCACCAUCCUGUCAAAGAUCCUGUCACUCAGUAAAUUGAGUCCCUGACUUCAUCCAGGCCGGGGGAUUGCCUGAACUAAAAUGGAGGUACCCAUGUAGAAAGUGAGAAUCAGUUAAGCGUAAAUGCAGCCAAAUUUCAGGGUCAGCGACCUUGUGUUCGGCAGUUGACCGCAACACAAAAAUAAGGCACACGUAUUCCACUUUUCAAACAUUUCUGCAUUGUCAACCCGUAGGCGCAAGAUCUAUAAGCCACUAUACCGCCUGCAAGCAUGUCGAUGCCGGUCAAGAAUGUGAUCCCGCUGGAAGGCGGGUCCAUCGUGUGCGGAAUGGUCAUCACUCUAGCGAUACAAAACUUCAUGCAGCAUGGAGUGUCCGUAAAAGUGAUCAAGGACCGAGAUCGGCAAAAGUUUCUGAUUCUUGUCUGCUCGUUCGUCGUUGUUGCCGGAGUUAUCAGUUUGGGGCUCAACCAAACAGGGGAACUGUACAUCUUGCAGAAUUUUGUAUUGAUGAUAAUAUUUUGGGGAGUUCAGCUCGGACUCGGAUGCGUCAACCACAACACAAUCAUACGCACAUUCAUCGCGCUCGCCAGCGUCUCGCAGCAAAAAUGGCGCCCGCAGACGCUUUCCUACUACUGCCUCGCGCUGUACCCAUUGACCGCCAUCGUCCUGAUACCCAUCUAUAUGGGGUUCCCAUCGAGCAUCGAGAAACACCAAGGGGUGAACGCGUCGGCGAUCAAUAAGGAGGUGUUCAAGCCAUUGAACGUAGCGCUGGUGAUUGCGACGGAGGUGCUGGCCACGAUAUCCGACCUGCUUUUGAUCCUGAGAGUGGAAAAGGCGGAGAGUGCUGCGGGGCGCUUCUCGACUGCGCGCGCUGCAGUGCGCACUAACGGCACUGUCUCAUCGAAUGUUGUGAGAAAAUCGGCUGGGGCGGAGUUUUGGCGGCGAUUGUGGAUGCAUUAUGGACUCAUCUGGACGACGGUGGUGCUAGAUGUGCUCCUUAAGAUCCUGAUCUAUUUGGGAUACCCCGUACUCUUUGAUUCGCAAGUUACCAACGCAACCAUCCUGCUGCGGGCAGUGACUAAUUUACAAUUCGGAACCACCUUGAAACAAGUGUACACAGUAUCGGGCGAAACUGCAACUCGCAUGCCGGCUACUGGCAGUGGUCUAGCGUCCGAUUUCCCAAAAUCGGUGACCAUGGGUGCAAGGGGGAGGAGCCUUUGCAUCAUCCGAUCAGCGUCGAGUCUUAGCUCGCGUGCCUCGCGCGAAAACUUGGAAGAGGGAGACGCGGAGGUUGCAAAGAAGGUCUUUCCGGAGGAUGGGGGGCAAGUCGAGAGAGCAAGCGACUCGGUGUAGCGGCGAAUGUCAACAUGCUUUCCUUUACGAGCCACCUUUUAUACCAUGAACGAUGUCAGCAUAUCACUGGAAGGCACCCGCUUACGGGCAUCGCACAUAGGUGCAGAACUUCCGUGCUUUCUCGAAACAUUCAUCCUCUAUAGAAUCAGCUUUCUGCAUAGCACCAGUUUGAUUCUGUGCGGCAUUUUUGAACACACUGUAAAUGUUGUGGGUUUGAAUGUAGAUAGACACCAUGGGGCAGAACGAAUGAGCGAUUGUGCACACUGCAGUCCAUAUCAACCGUCAACUCCGG